AGACCCGCUCAGCACUGGAGACAAACUCGCAGCAGCGCUCCGCCUGUGAGUCUUUGUUAACAGCACAGGCUUCAGUGCCGUCUGCGUGACGGCGCCAUUCUCCUUCCUUGCCCGCGUGUGGACGCUUUCACUGCCAGCUGCAGGGUGGGUGCCGCAGUCUCGCCCAGCUGGUUCGUGUCUCUUCAUUGUUACCGGUGUGGACGUCGGGGAUACCUGUAACAGAAACACGAGGUCGUGUUUCAGGCUUUAUUGUGUACAGCGCCGAGAAGCUUUCCACGCUGCUCCGCGGUAAUAAAGGCGAAUUUGGACAAUGAGACCGUAUUCGACCAUUUGAAUUCCCAUCUGCUACUAGACCCACCCGGACAGGUGUCUUUCUAUGCGCGGUCGCCUCCCUUUGCCCCUGUGCGCGGAGAGGAGGAGAGCACAGGCGAGGGUGCGGGGCUGUAACCCCAGGGUCGCGCUGAAGGCGGACAGUCGCUGUGUCCAGACGCAGGAGUCACGUCUUCUUGCAAUGCGCUGAGCAUACAGCCUACUGGAAAACGAUUCUUCAAAGUGCUUGUGUGUGUGUGGGGGUGGUCUCUAAAAUAAAUACUCUGACGGGGUUAUUUCUUGGACGCGAGGGGCUGCUCGCUGACACGCGCGCUGUACCCCGGCCCCGCACGGCCCCGCACAGCCCGCGCGGCGCAGGGGGAGGGCUCUGGCGCGCCCACGUGCCCCGGCCCGCAGACGGCACGGGCUCGGCUCGGCGGCAGACCCGCAGUCUCAGGAAGCAGCAGCGCGCUGCGUGCGGCACCGCCAGCACCACAAUAAAAAACAAACACGCACCCCCCCAUUCUCCCCCGGUUUUGUCAUCGAUCCGCUUUGCGUUAUUUCUCCAUUAUUUCAAUUUUUUUUUUCAGCGAAUGUAAAAAGCAUCUGUGAAAAACGGGGACAAUAAAACGAUGUUAUUCAUUUUUUUGGUGAUUUAAUUACUAUCUGCUGUGCAGAAGCCGUGAUUCGUUUCAAUUUUGUUUCUCAACCCACAUACUAAACGAAGGGACUAUGUGGACAACAUGAUUGCUCUGCAGUUCCUGGUUUUUGCUGCAGUGACUUCACGCUUGGCGCUGACAGGCUGGAGCGGCGCUGCUCCACAGCAUGCGGCGCCCCGGGACUGGGCGGCCGGGAGCCGGUCUGCGGGACACGCCAGCCAGCCCAAGCGGCUGAUACAGCAGAGCGUUUCGGAGAGCGAAGUCGAGGGCGAGCGGCUGGACACCAGGGUUAGAAACGACACCCGGGGCGCACCUCCUGUCCACCUCGCCCAGGCCAGUUUCCUGGUGGAGGCCUUUGGGAAAUCCUUUAUCCUAGACCUGGAGUUAAACCAUAAUCUCCUGUCAUCUAAGUACGUGGAAAGACAAUUCGACAAGGAUGGGAGACCAACGCAGACAACGGGAGGGGAGCACUGUUACUACCACGGGCGGAUCAGGGGAGUGCCGGGCUCCUAUGCUGCUGUUUCCACCUGCCAUGGCCUGCACGGCCUGUUCUUCGAUGGGAACUUCUCUUAUGGCAUCGAGCCGGCUGCAGGAGACAGCAGCCAGGGUUCGGAUGCCCAUGUGGUGUACAGGAUGCCUGGCGAGGAGCUGCCCAUGCCGUGCCCUGGCUGCUCUGUCAGCUCCAGCAGUGAGAUGUCUCGGCCUGAGCAGCUGACCCCCAGCAGGACCCUGAGGAGAUCCAAGAGACAGGUGCACCGUGUGCAUUACACCAUACAGAGCGAGACCAAGUACAUCGAGCUGAUGGUGGUGAAUGACAAUCACUUGUUUACACAGAUCCGGAGUUCUGCCUCCCAGACCAGGAACUUUGCCAAAGCUGUGGUCAACAUGGCCGACGCGAUCUAUAAGGAACAGCUGAACACCAGGAUCGUGCUGGUCGCCAUGGAGACGUGGACGUCGCAGAAUAUGAUCUCCAUCGACGACGACCCCCUGGUGACCCUGCGGGACUUCAUGAAGUACAGGAGGGAGAAUGUGAAAGAGCACAGUGAUGCAGUCCACCUCUUCUCGGGGCGCACAUUCCGCAGCAGCCGCAGUGGGGCGGCCUACAUCGGGGGGAUCUGCUCUCUGACCCGGGGGGGUGGGGUGAACGAGUAUGGCAAUGUGGGUCCCAUGUCCAUCACGCUGUCUCAGAACCUGGGCCAGAACAUCGGUAUGAUGUGGAACACAAACCGAGGCACAGCAGGGGAAUGCCGGUGUCCAGACACCUGGAUGGGCUGCAUCAUGGAGGACACUGGGUUCUACCUCCCCAGGAGGUUCGCACGGUGCAGCGUGGACGAGUACCUCCGCUUCCUGCAGCAGGGCGGAGGCAGCUGCCUCUUCAACAAGCCUGCCCAGCUGCUGGAGGCCCCGGAGUGUGGCAAUGGCUUUGUGGAGACGGGCGAGGAGUGUGACUGUGGCUCUCCGCUGGAGUGUGCCAAGAAUGGGGGAGCCUGCUGCAAGAAGUGUACCCUCACCCAUGAUGCCAUGUGCAGCAGCGGGCUCUGCUGUCGGGGCUGCAAGUACGAGAUGCGCGGAGUUGUGUGCCGGGAUGCAGUGAACGACUGUGACAUUCCAGAAACCUGCACAGGAGACUCCAGCCAGUGUCCUCACAAUGUCCACAAGCUGGAUGGCUACACCUGUGAGAACGGGCAGGGCCGCUGUUACAGUGGGCGCUGUAAGACGCGGGACGGACAGUGCAGCGGCCUGUGGGGUUACAGCUCUGCGGACCGGUUCUGCUACGAGAAGCUUAACUCUGAGGGCACAGAGAAAGGCAACUGUGGGCGAGACGGGCCAGGCUGGAUCCAGUGCAACAAGCAGGACGUCCUGUGUGGAUUCCUGUUCUGUGCCAACGCCACAGGGAAGCCGCGCUUCGGCGAGCUGUCUGGCGAAGUCACCAGCCUCACGAUCUACCACCAGAACAAGUACCUGGACUGCCGGGGUGGCCACGCGCUGCUGGACGAUGGCACGGACCUGGGCUACGUGGACGACGGGACGCCCUGCGGGCCCAACAUGAUGUGCCUGGAGCGGCGCUGCCUGCCUGUGGCCUCCUUCAACCUCAGCACCUGCCCCGGCUCGUCCGACAGCAGGAUCUGCUCCCAGCACGGGGUGUGCAGUAACGAAGUGAGGUGUAUCUGUGACCGGGACUACACGGGGAAGGACUGCAGCGUCUACGAUCCCAUCCCUGACCCCAAGCCGCAGGGCGGGCCGGAGAAGUACAAGGAAACAUCCGAAGAGGAAGAUCUGGAGGAGCGUAGGACAGCUGUAGCUAUGUGCAGCUUGGUCUUCCUUGUGCUGUGUCCUUUCCUCCUAGAAAAACAAAGUCUUCCACUUGUUUCCAGACUUCCCUGUCCCCACCUCCACCUUUCCGCUCCAGCCUCCUCUCCCCCGGCUUGGUCCCUCCUGGAUCUAUCCGGGAACGACGCCAGCCAUCUCCAACAUGCUGCAUUUCCGCUAGAUCUGCCUGCCAGGUCCUGCGUGACUCCAGAACUCAAGGUGGCCAUUAUCCCAAGGAUGAGCAAGGGACCAGAGCUUUCACCCAGCGGACCAAUCCAGCUCCGGGAGAGGCACAUCCCUGAACCAACUGGAUCAAAAAGAUCUCCCUUGUUCCCAGAACAACCUUUCCAGUUUUCUUGGACUGUAGUCGGGGUGCUCUCUGAUGCUGCUGUUUUUAUAUGCUUUGUUGACCCUAGAUGUCUUCUCUGGACAAAAUGAGAAGACCGGUUUUGCUAAUAUAUCGUAGGUAUUCUGUAGUAUUUACAUGAAGUUCCCAGAGUCGGGGGAGGCCCCUUGCUGGAGUGGGAGUAUUGGAUCUCCAGAGGCCAUCUGCCUUAAUUCAGCGCCAUUGGACUGAGCAGGUCAAGCUGGUACCAGGACCGAUCCGUGGUGAUACUGGUAAGACACGCUUUCUGACAGUGGCUGAAGAAAAGCUAUUAGCAGUGGCUGUUAGUGGACACUGGCCAGGCUUGGCACCUUUUGUGUUCAGGUAAGGUGUACCCUUGUGUUGUGGGUAUGAAACUGUAAGGGCAUCUUUGAUUUUUGUUAAAAUGAAAUUGAGAAACUAACAGCACCUGAAGCCUGUGUGGGAUUAUACAUUGAGAUGAACAGAGAAGCAUGUAUAGUUAACCUGGAGUUUGCUGAAAUGUCUUGCAUCUUAUUUAGCUGGACAUACUCUUUGUUUCUGAAUACGAGUCAAAAACAUGUCCUCUAAGCUCAGUCAUACAGAAGGCUUGGAAGGUGCUUUCCCAUCAGUGUUAAGGUCAGAAUGGCAGGAGCGAACACGGCUCUUGCAGACAAUACCCGACUGUAUCUGCUACUCUGCUGGUGCUGCAUUCUGACCUUUGUCCUCCAGCAGCAGUAUACUGUAGAACAAUGUCAUUUGUUGAACCUCUUACUUGGGUCCUGUUUGCAAAGGGGAUCAAAGACAUCAGAGUAACCAAGGUAUUGCCGAGUGGCUCUUCUAGCAAAGGGGAUUAUCUGAGUAAAAGCGGAGAUUCUGAUCCAGGUGUCCAGGGGUUUGAGCCUCAUGUUACCAGCUGGCUGUAACUGGGAUUGGCUGUGGACUCAAACAUGGCAGGACGAACAGGCACAGCCUCACUGUGAUCCUUGUGGUGAGCUCGCAGCUUCCAGCUGAUGAGGAAUGAACAGCAAUUCUUCCUCAGUCAGCACUGAUUUAGCAGGGUUCUAAAACCUGUUUUUAGUUCAGUGUACAUAAACUGUAUAGAAAAUGUCCUGUUUAUAAUAUUGUAACAUACAGGGAAACCAUUGAUUUAUGAGAAAAGAACUACAGGUAACUAGAAACUGUCAUCGGUUACAUUAAGAUCACAAAGAAUACACCAAAGCUGAUGUUAACUCCCAAAUUCUGCAAGAUGAUUUUGGAUUGCUUCAUUAUCAUGUGGGGGAAAAUAGUAAGAAAAACAUUCCUUAAAUAUUUUGUGUAAUAUUAAAAUGUGACAGAGAACCUGACAGAGGUGAUUACUGGCAGUAUGAGGUCAAGGCUUAUUUAAAAGUUUGUGCAUCAAAGGCCAGGUGUGUGGAUGGACAGAGGGCUGGUCAGUGGUUUCUGUCUCCAGUAACUCAGCUGUCUGAAACAUGACAGUCCUGGUGCUGUAGCACAGCAAGAACUUGGAAAAGAAAAUCAGCUAAUUGUCUCAGGUUUAUGCACUUUAUUUUUAAAAAGUAUUAAUAUCUUGAAUCAGAGGUAUUAAAUUAUAAUUUACUAUUGCAGCACCUUGCAUUCACCCCCAGUCAGUUGAAUAAAUUGGCUACUAUAGUUUAGUCUCUUUCCACCAGACUGGCAGUGCCCUGCAUUGAUAAACCAAGUAACAGCACUGAGGUCAUAAGAGACUCUCCCUGCGUUCUCUCUAAAUAAGCUCAAACUGAACAGGAGACGGGGAAAUACUGAGAGCUGAUUGGCGCAAGACGUCUUUUAGAUCACAAAUGUCACAAAAUCGUAAAGCUGGAUUGGGGCCCGGAGAAUCAUUAAAGAACCCACUCCAGAAUACUCCUUUUCCAUGUGUUAUUUCUACCCGUUUUUCCUGUCUGCUCUCCACUCUAUACAGAUCCUUUCAGUACAGUUUGGAAAAAUAACCAUCCUCACCAGAUUGCACAUCUCAUAAUUAUAAUUCUAUACAAGAAUUAUUGGACAAAAUGGAGCAGACACUCCUCCCUACAGUAGGUUUGUGGUAGUUUGGCUUUGCCUCUAUAUAUAGUGUCCUAUAGGCAGGAAAGUAACUUAUAAUGGGAGAAGUUUUUUUUUUCUUGUGACCUAGAGUAUGCAAAGCUAGCUGAAGGAUGGGCAGAUGGAUGGACCUACAGAACUCAUGUAUUCUAUUCAAUAGGGUGCAAGUCUUUCUCUUCAGUAUUCUGAAAGAAUGGAAGGUGGGCCUUUUAAAAUGUCCUCGGAGCAGAGGAGAGCACUUUCAGUGCAGGCUGAGCUUUGGCCAACCCGUUUGUUCAUUAAGAGUGUAGCACACCAGCCAGGGCCAGAGACCAUGAAGCCAUUUCUGUAAACAUGGAGAUGGGCUCCAGCACACGCACACACAGGUGUGACUGACACAAGGAGGCGAAGUCGUGCUGUGGCUCGGUGGAGCUGACUGCCCUCUAGAAUGUGUCACAGCUGAGAUCAGGCCCUCUGCAUUGUACUCUGACCUGAGGUCGAUCUACUAACAUUCCACAGUGGCGGAACUAUUCUGGAAAUAUAUUUACAUGCUGCUUUUUAAAAAGUGUUAGAUAUACACAAAUUAACCUGUAGUAACUUUGUCAUUUAUUUGAAUGAAAAACUGUUUUAUAAACCAAGGCUGAUAUAUAAAUAUCUAUUGUAUAAUCUAAAACAAUAUACAUACUGUAUGUAUAUGAUGUGUGCGUGUGUGUUUGUAUUUAGUGUAUCUGACAGGGGUCCAAGAAUAAUGUUUUUUUGAUUCCAUGAGCACAAAAAAAAGAAGUCUGGAUUCAAGUCGGGAUAACCAGCCUCAGGUCUCUUAGCUGUUAAAAAGAGAGAUUGAUUAAUAGAAGGCUUGAGAGCAGCUGAGUGCAAGGUCUUGUCCUGAAGCAGAGUGGCAGCCCUGUACACCAGGUAGUGCUGGUUCAGCUCUGGGCAGGUUGUUAGCUAAUAUCUGGUGCCACAGCCACCUCUGUGCCUAAUUCGCUGGCCUAGCGAGAGCUGCUUCACUCCUCUGUCAGAUGUCUGCUCUCCUACUGGCAUGGUGGGGCUCAUGGUGUGAAAAACCUCAAGUGCACAUUUCGGGGGAGAGCAUUACGAUCUUCUGUUCCACACUGGUGUGAGGUGUACAUUCCAGCAUUUAGUAUUCUUCCUUCUCACCUGGGAAAUCACAUUUCAUCUUAAAGCACAGGAAUGCAAAUGAGAUUAUAGCACCACUCACAGGACAUCUAAUCCUUGUUUUCUGUUCAAAAUCUACAGAUCUCCACUCGUCAAACACAUCAUAAAUCCCAGUGCUACACUGGAGUGAAGCCUGACUGAUAGAGACAAUUGAAAAUAAUAUGGAAGAAAAUAAAUGCUGAUGUAAAAAAAAUAAAAAUCCCUUUUUCCUUAGUGGCUGUACAGGUAGCCCUCAGUGCUCCUAUAUACUGUAGCUCACGUUCCAUUAUGUACCUUAACACACGUCUUGGACCCCUGUUUAGAGUGGAUGUGUAUGGGACUUAUUCCAAAGCAAUUUCUAUCUGAAUUCUGUCUGUGUGUAUAUAACAUAUAAAUAUGUAAAGAGCUGCUGCAGAUUAGCAAUAGCAAUCCCUUUGGUUUAGUUCCUUUGUGAGCCCAAAGAAACUCCUUUAGUUCAAUAGUGGGCAGACUGGUCCCACAUUGUCAUUAUACAGUUUGGGUUUGAAGAUUCUUAUUUUUGAAGAGGUCUUUUUAUUUUGGUGCUUUUUGUUUUGCUGCUGUUGCAGAUUUGGAACAGAAAGAAAGGUGACCUAGAAACCUUUCACAAAAAACUAUAUCACUGCCCAGCAGUGGAGAGGCAUGCUUUUUUAUUUGUCCUCAAAGGCUGCUUAGUGAUGUAUCCUGCCAUUCCAAAGCUACGUGCCGGUGAAGGCCUGCUCCACGUGUGCAAGAGGAAUCGGGUGAAACAGUCACACGAAUGAUUUUGGGCUAGCCUAGCACGAUUGUUUCAAUGAACUGCUUUCCUAUCUUGACCAGAGAUCAGGAGCCAUAUUCUUGAAACAUUUUUCACCAAUCUGUGUUUGUAGCCCUUUUCUUGGAGAAGUUAAAUAAUAAGAGUCAAAAGGUCAUGUCUUCACUGCCAAGGGAUACUGGGAAUCAGCCUCCUGAAAGAUGUAAAUGUGCCUCGGCGGUAUCCCUUCCUCUCACGGAGCUAUCGGCUACUGGGGAGUUAAACAGGCCUGUGCCCCUGCUGCCCAGCAGACACACUUCACAUCCUAGCAGAACGUGAGGAUUUAAGAGAUUAAAUGGAUUGAUAGCAGUGGAUUAAGCUUUCAGGCCCUGGCUAGAUUAUAUGAAAGAUGUAAGGUAAACUGGAGUGUUUUUCCUGAAUUUUCAUUCCAGCCCCCCCCCCCUUACAGUUCAAACCUGCAGCAGCUUGAACUGUCCCUGAGGUUUGUACCUGCAGGUGCAUUCUUACAGCUCGGGUCAAGGCAAGGCUGAGUCGGAUCCAAGUGUCUUCCACCAGCGGGUAGUUCUCUUCCUUUGGCAUAACAAAAAAACAAACAAACUGACAUCCACUGCCUUCUACUAGGGCUUCUGCUUGAGAGCAGCUGUUCGGCCCCGCUGACCCCCACUCUGGACUGCACUGCAGGAACACUGCGGGGUGUGAUUGUGCCUCCAGCUGUUCUCGUCAGUCUGGUGUGCACAGAUGUGCUCCUGCUCCUACCAAGACCCAGUGUGAAGCACCACAGCAUGUAAUCACCCGACUAAAGACAAACCUGUUUUCAUACCAGACUUUUAUUAAUAGUGCACUGUUAAAUAAGCUGAAAGAGGCAAACGACAGUCUGCACAAAACUGUAAAGAGUUAGGUUUUGCCUUGUGUCUUUUGCCUUACCUGGUGCUCAGGAUUCUUACCUUGCUGUAGAACAAUCUGAACAGAAACCAGAAAUUCUCUGUCAGCCUGGUGGAGGGGACCUCUCAGGGGAAACACUUCAGGUUUACAGUAUGAGGCAGAAGGGGCAUGGCCUUACGCCAAUUUGCUUCACUUGAACCAUCCUGGCAAAGAUUCUGGGUCAAAAUUAUUUUUUAAGGAAAUACUCCCUUAGGCUGACCAGCUGAAAGUUGAGGAAAGACCAGAGAACUGUGUACGGAAGGGAUUUCACUCUACACAAGCAUGAAAAUACACCUUGCUGUCUCAGGGUUCAGCGGAGCAGUUCAUGUGUGCGCUGCUGCAGGAGAGCACCCAGACGUGUGGGUGCAGUGCAGUGCUACAGAAAACAUGCGGAGUACAGGCAGACAUCAGGGUGUGGGCGGCAGUUGUGGCCAAACUGCAGAGAACACUUGUCUACAGCCUCCUCUGGGCUCCCUGGGUUUUCCGCCGAUUUGAAUGUUCACUCUCAGCAGUAAAACAUUUUCUAAAAGCACAAAUUGUUUUUUUUUCUACAAAUGUAUAUAGUGAAUUCUUUAUAUGUAUAGACAUACAAACCAUCCUAACCCCCAGUUAGCAGUUUCUCCUGUACGUGUUGAUAAGCUCUACCACGCCUGUCUCACAAUGCACUCUGUACAUAUGGUCUGCCAGCACUGUACAUGACUACUGGCCCACAGGUGACUGGCGUGAGGAAUGUGGGGUUCUGUAGUCACAGAAGAGCCUCAUCGCCCCCUUUCUCUGCCUGUGCAGACCGAGUAAAGCAUCCUUGCGAAACAGUCACCCAUGAUGUUUCCGGCCAUGUUUUUAAUAAAGGCUUCUGAGUCACUGGUAUACAUGCAACUCAAUGCUGUUAAUGAAUAAGAAGAAUAAACUACAAAGUGAAAUGA